UAGAAUCUGCCACAGUCGUCUGCUGGCAGAGAGAGUCUCUGGUUGUGUUGACAGAUUCUUCUUCUUGAUUUUCGUCUCGAGAAAGGAGGGCCACAGCCCUCGCUAGAGACAGUAUGAAGACGACGUUCCUUCUUGUUUUGAUUUUCGGUGGGCUUUGCUCUGGCCUGCAACCAGGGCUGGAAUACCUGUAUCGAUACAGCGGCCGCGUUGCUACGGGGAUCUCAGGUAUCAGAAAACAGCUUUCCGCGGCUGGGAUACAGGCUGACGUCACGGUGCAGGUGUUAGAUAGCUCUACAGCUAUUUUCCAGCUGAGCCACGUAGAGGUAGGCGACUUCCACGAUGAACUGUUUUGUGACAUGAGAGAGCCUCUGCUCAUUGAAUAUCUUCGUCUGGAUUAUGGAGUAGAAUUGCUGGAAAAACCUUUCAAGGUUAAGAUUUCCGAGGGCGAGGUUCCCAUCGUCAUGGACUUCAUGGAGGUGCCCGAGGAACCAGCCUGGAUCACGAACAUUAGGAAGGCUGUUGUCAACGUCUUCAGAAUAACUCCUUUUGGGACAAACCGUGACCUCCUUAUGCAAAGGUUGGAUGUCAUUCCUCAACUUGACUUCAGUGCUUCAGAUGAGACAAUGGCGGGCAAAUGCAUCAGCUGGUACAGCAUCGUAAAAAUGCCAAGGGAACAAGCUGCCUUCUACGAUAGGGACCACGCUCUGGAAGAUGAUGCUCAGAGGGAAGGCGCAGCAGCUACUUCUGGAAGGUCAACUGGGGCUAAAGGUCAGAAAGGAGGAGCCAAGGAUGGUAAAACUUCCAAAACGUCCAAAACAUCUUCCAAGACUUCUAAGACCCCAGGGAGAGCAGUCAGCUCAGCGCCAGAAAUAAACAGCACCCUCUGGAUUGCCACCCGCACUGUUGACUUUGAUGACUGCGACUAUCUGGUGUCAAUGAAGAGACUCGUCAACCCCUCGCUGGAGGACCUCAUCACCCGAUCAUCAGUCGGAAGUUACAUCAUCCGCGGUGGCGUCAGUGCCAUGAGGAUUGAGGAGGCCAUCGUGGAAGGAACGAUCACCGUUUUCACGAGGAUAGAUCACGAGGAUCAUUACGAUACCUUCACGAACCAGACUCUUCAGCUCAAAGGGGUGCGAGAAAUCAGCGAACAGUUAGCUAUCGAGUACGAGGCACACCCAGUUUAUGUUUGGCGGUACGAAGCUGACCACUCCAUUGAUCACCGAGGCGUAGAACCAGGAUUUGAGCAAAUCCUGACGGGCGUAGAGCUAACGGGAAACAUUGUUACAGAGAUUAAGAAAUUUGUGGUCACGGAAAUAGAGAGAAUAAGAAACUGGGACGCCCGUGACUCGACAACCAUCCAAAAUUUAGCGAAAGAAAUGAGCCGCAUAAAAGAAGGUCUGUCCCUUCUCAAUUACGAACAACUGGAAGAAAUCCACCAGCAGUUUUCACCUGACCCACAAAACAAAAUAGAUAUUCUUGGAGAUUUGCUGUUUGAAACGGGAACAGAGGCAUCAGUUACGUACUUUAUCAAUAAAGUUCUCCGUGCUAGACCUGAUCGUCAGAACAGAAGUAAUAUCCGCAAGUUCUUCAUCAGUCUGCCUUCUACUAUAAGAAGUCCUGCUUCUAUUCCCAAACUCAUGGAAAACGUCAUGGGCCUACUGUGGCCUCCAGCAGAAAGGGGAAGGGGAACGAAAGUCUUGGCCCUUAUCGGAUUCUCUCAAGCAGUCAAAAAACUCUGCUUCAGUUCGGAAAGAAGAUUGGCUAGCUGGGAUGACACUUGCGAGCAGGAGCGAGUCUGUGAUCCCAGUCCGAUCGUCGACACCUACAUUCCUUAUCUCCAGCAGGAGCUCGACAACGAAGGAUCCCACCACUGGCAACGGUUCGUGUAUCUUUACGCCCUCAGCUCUCUCGGGACACCCCACACCAUAAACAUCUUGAAGCCUUAUAUUCUGGGAACCAAAGUACAAUAUACCUUUUUCAGAAAGGCUGCCAUCUGGAGUCUAAGUAAAGCCAAUAUGCCAAGAACGGCCAUAGGACAGAUCAUGGACCUACUGAUGUCAAUCUUCGAGAACGUCGCUGAGCACCACGAAGUGAGGAGUGUGGCCUUCCUGGUUAUGGCCACCUGGGAAACAAAUGUCUCCUGGUGGAGCCGAAUGGCGCUAGCCACUUGGCGGGAUCCUUCAGAGAAAGUUGCGAAUUUCAUCUCCACCACAAUCAAGACCUCAGCCCAAAUGAAGGAUGGGGGAAAGUUACAGCAAGUAGCAUCCCAAGUCGAACAUCUGAUCAAGCCACCUUCUCCAGUAUCUCUCAGUCUCUCCCUCAACCAUUACCUCCUGGAUUUCCAGCAUUCCAGCAAGUUUGGACAAAUGUUCACAUUUGGCUGGCUGGCUAGUUCAGACUUUGUGAUCCCUAGCGAUGUCUACUUCAGUAUCAACCAGCAAAUGUUCCUUGGAUUUGCCAACUCUAUUCAGGGCAACGUGAAACUAACGGACCAAGAGUACUACCUGUUCGAUGUGAUGUUUUCGUACUUUGUGGAUAAUAAGGACCUUAUAGAUCGCUCCGCCCUCGAUAUUGUUAGGGAAAUGUACGAUGAGAUUAAGGAAAACCUAGGCCUACAAAUUCCGGCGAAGGAGGCCGUCAGAAUUAUCAUGCUGGCCGUUGAUAACCUACCCCGGUUGCUCAAUAUAGAGGAAGAGCGGGAACCGAUGCACUCUGCCAUAUACGGGGUCGUUGAACUGUCUCCAUUUCCCCCUCUGUUGAGGCCACAGUUCAACGUCAUCGCCGAAUCUGCUUUGGCGAUACCGACAGACCUUGGGAUUCCAUUUAUUACUCAGCACUCCCUUCAGAGAGCAUUCUGGAUAAAGAAUGAAUUCGUUCCAGGAGGAAUCUCUCUGUUCAGCCACAAGAGUAUUUUAGACAUAAGUCAGAGUCAGAAGGUGGAGAUGAAAUCGCUGGUCCCGUGGUCGACAAAGUUCGCCGUCGGGACGAGAUCUGAAAAUCUGGCGUCGGCCCACCUGCCCCUCCAGAUCUCCUUCUACGGCGAACUCAGGCGACAGAAAAACGUGCAGUUCAAGUUUUCGUCUCUGUCAGAAAGCAAGGUCACAGUUGUUCAGGGUCACAAUCAUCACUCCACCGUUCAGUACGGCGCUUUCCCAACUCCGAUUCAUUAUAAAGAAGAGAAAACCAAAAACCUCAGGAAAUAUGAUGACUGCCAACACAGUCAUAAAUCUCAGAUCCUUCCCUCUUGGCUGGGUACAAAGUUGGAGGCAGAAUGGGAAGGUGAUAUAGAGGUCCCCUUCAGUUUAAAAGCUCUUUUCAGUUCUGGCGGAUUCAGCCUCUUUUAUCCAUCGAUGGAUUCGUUUGAGUAUCGUGUUGUACAUGAUGUUCAGACCUCAACAACUAAGUCUGCCUCAUUCUCAUUUAGCUAUGGAUAUUCAGAAAGGAACCCAGGUCAGGAAAGUGAUGACCUGACCUCGGGUCAAACGUCUCAGGGGGCCGAUGAUUAUGAUUUUUCCCAAGUGUCUCAGUUUUCCUCCGGAUUUGAUGAUGCUGAGUUCUCUCAGUCCUCUUCUUCAGAUCUGCAAGAGGUUGGCGGUAUGGAGCAGAGUAGCACUGGACAGAGGAUAGCUCAGUUUCAAGAGAGGAUCCUUCGAGCCUCAGGAGGCUCCGUUAGGACGCUGAGCCUCGACAUAGACCUGGAAGGAGCUGAGAAGAAGAAGUACGCGGCACUCCUCUCCUGGGCCACGAGGAAGUCCUCUUCCCGAGCCGAGAAUAAGGUCCAGUUCGCCUGGAUCAAGGACGUCCCUGAAGGUUCUCUGGGAGAGGCCGAAACGACUUGCCUAAAUAUCCAGAUGAUCACACCUGGUUUCCCACCCUUCUUCACCGCUGAAGACGUCCUCCAGGAUUUCCGAUCUUCUCUGAAGGUGUCUCUCGACAGGGGCCCUCUGUGCGACGUUCCCGCAGGUUUGGAAGUCCAGGGUACGCUCGAGGUGACCCCACUGCAACUGACCCGGGUUAGAGAGCUGCUAGCCAAAGAUUGUGGUCCCUGGCCCGCCCAUCUGCCCACUGAUGUGAUAACAUCACCUCUCUACGACCACAUCAACAUCAAAGCUCAUUGGAUAGAGGAAUUCCCUUUGGAGAUGAAGAACUUGUCUUACUUCGCAUACGACCUGAUCAGGGGUACGAUGUUCCCCAACAUCCAGUAUGAUUACACGGCAGUCAACGCAGACAACCAAGUUGAGAUUGAUUACGCUAAAUGUCUCGAAACUCAGAAGUGGACCAUCCACUUCACGAAACCUCGCGAGGUCUCGAUAAUCACCAACGCCAAGGCGCCAUCUAUCCUGGAACUCAUCGCUUCACCAGCUCAAGCUACAGAUACCAUCGUUUAUAAUUUCCUCAACGGUCGACAACAACAAGCUUGCGUCGUUGCAAGAGAUAAGAUUCGUACAUUCGAUGGCGUGGAAAUCUCAUUUCAAGCAGACCAGUGCUGGCAUGUUUUAGCUAUAGAUCCAUUAACCAGGGAAUCAACUGUUUUUAAACCGUACAAAAGAUUCUCUGCCAGCGUAGAAGCACGCCUUCAUGAUGAUCAGUGGGAGGUUCGUGUGUUGGUCCCAAGUGAUGGUUACAUGCUGGAGAUGACCAAGGAUUCUCUUAAAGUAAAUGGUGAAGACCACAGUAAAAAGGACCCUAGAUUCGACAUAAACUUUCUUCAUGACGGAGCGGUUUUAACAAUAUAUUUUAUAACCGGAACAUUCUUGAAGAUCACAGACGAGGCUAUCUAUUUCUUGGAGGACUCUGUCUUCAAAAACGACGUGAUUGGUUUAUGUGGGGACUUCAACGGGGAAAAGACAGGCGAGAUGCGUGGCCCCAAAGGUUGCCUCUACACAGAUCCAGAAUUGUUUACUGCUUCUUGGAAAACCCCAGGGGAAGGCUGUGCGGCUUUCGCCUUACUUGCUAAGAAGAAAAAAGUCCAGGCUUAUCAAGAGGAUUGCCCUCGCCUUUCCUACAUUCCAACUGGAGUGUCAUACCCUCAGUUAACCGAGAAGAACUGCAUAAUCUGGGACUACGACGUGAUGGUCGACGGAUCCCGAAGGUGCCAAGCCCUCACUCCAACGAUGCGAUGCCAAGUCGGGUGUUCUCCCGUACGUCUGAGGAAAACUAUGAUCGAGUAUGACUGUCAGGAAAUGGGCGAAGAACCUACCAGACGAUCCCCCAAGUGUUACCUAAGGAAAUUUGCCCAAACCUUUCCGGGAUACUGUGUUACUUUGUGA